AUGUCUGACCAAUCAAAACACAAUAAAUGCUGCCCACCAAAAUGCAAUCCAUGCUGCCCCCCAAAAUGCAAUCCAUGCAGCCAACCAAAAUGCAACCAGUGCAGCCCCCCAAAAAGCAAUCCAUGCUGCCCCCCAAAAUGCAAUCAGUGCUGCUCCCCCAAAUGCAAUCAAUGCUGCCCCCCAAAGCCUCCAUGUUACAUUCAGACCAGGUGCUGUCCAGAGACCAAGCCUGAGUGUACAUCUUCGGAUAAGGAAUCUGGACCCAACCAAACCCAAAACCAGGACAAGGGCCCUCAAACCCAAGAGAAGACCCAAAGUUCACAAGAUGGGCCAGGUCUGUCCGGGCAGAAGAAGCCAAACAAGUAG